UGGAGGAACUUCAUUUGGUUUUUGUGUUUGCAAUUUACUCCCUUCGUCGGAGAAAUGAACGAUACUUUGGGGAAUACGUCGUCCAGUCUAGCCAUUGCAGAGAAGCGGCCUCAGAGGCCCGGUGGUUGUGUUGGCAUCUUCUUUCAGCUCUUCGAUUGGAACCGUAGGCUUGCAAAGAAGAAGUUAUUCUCCAAGAAACUGCUUCCACCAGAUCGUGCAAAGCGAGUUUCUAAGAAGUUUAGUGGAGAUGAGAAGCGGCCAAUGGCUAAGCUUUUACUGAUUGCCGAUGAAAAUCGUGGGGGUUUCCCUAAUGCGAAGAAAUGUGAGAUUGAUGGCAUUGACGCUGAGCGGAACAGUGAAAUGCGAUCACCGGGUUUGAUCGCCAGGCUAAUGGGGCUGGAAUCCAUGCCAACAGUGCGUAAAGAAAAGCCAAAGAAACCUUCUUUUUCUGAUAAUUUUCUUUGCGACUCAGAAGACAAGUCAGUUAAUGGGUUUCAAAGAACUUCCCAACACUUGGGUUUCGAUCAAGAAGAUAUAAAUGCGGACAAGGGUCGCUCGAAGCUGGAAUCAAGGCCUCAGAAGCUUCAGAAGACAGGAAUGUUCGAUAGACGGCCUAUCACCAGGUUUGGGGCCGAAGCACUGCAAUUCAAGAGUGUUUUAUCCCGUUCGAAGAAGCAUCAUCAGAAGCUUGCAUCGCCAGUUAAGAGCCCAAGGAGACUCUCUGCGAGAAAUGCAGCCCGGCUGAUGGAAGCCGCUACAAAAAUUUUAGAACCUGGGUUGCAAGCUACCAAUAGAGCAAAAUGUGCUCUCACUUAUUCUUCUUCUCUGCUUGUUAAUCCAGAGGAUCACAUUACUGUAGAAGGAACUACGGCCUUGUCACUGCACCAUUCUAAGCAUUAUCCCUGUGGUGCCAAGUCUUUGAAGGAGCAGUUUCCGCAUAAUAGCUGUGGUAAUCUGCUAGAUGUAAACGAAUUGAAGUCAAAUGUUGAGGAACAAAGACCUGGGUUUCUGCCUCUUAAUUCAGAGUUCAGUAAUGCUUGUCAAGGGUCAGCAAUCACCAAAAGAAAAGGGAACCCUCAAUCUCCUGAGCAGGAGAGAGAUGUUCUGCGUAAUCAGAACCAGUUUAUGCCAACUUCCCCAGCCAAAGCCAAUAUGUAUAUCCGAAGGGUAAAUGUAACAGAGAGAAAACCUCCUUUCCAAGAAGAUCAGGUUCAGCGUCGUGUUUCAAAUCAGCAAUGCAGGUCUCAAAAAGAUUUACCUUCUUCCACCCUUCUUAAGCAGGGCUCUCAAGGACAAAAUCAGAUCCUGGUGCCUAAGGAUAGGAUACCUCGGAGGUCCAAAUACACUAAUGUUCAAAGCCGAAAACAUAUGUCUGCUGGUGAUUGUGCUAAUGGGACCAAAAAUUUUGUUGCUUUAAAUCGAAAUUUAAGCAGUCCUGUGCAGCCAAGAAUGCACCCUAAAGUACUAGAUAAUCUUAAAAAUAACUCAACGAGAUAUGCUUAUGACAAGCAAGAUGAUUCCUCAUUGCAGCUAAAGACCCCACAUCGAAAGAGGAGGCCGGCGAAUUUUAGGGGGCAGGUUGAAAGUACAGGUAUCCACAAUUCAUCAUAUGGAAAACAAAGAACCAUUAGUGGCAAUGUAAACGAGAGGAAAAGAAUGGAUCUGAAUGCAUGCUUUGUGAACCAGAACCAUAUCAAGAGUGAGCAUCCCAUUCUUGAUGAAGGUAAUAAGAAUGUUGGUGAUAAGGGCACCAAUAUAGUUUCUUUCAUGUUUAGUUCCCCAGUGAGGCACAGGACUGCCUCUUCCUCCCCUCCAGAUGUGAAGGAAAAUUACAGGGGUCAAAAUGAGUUCAUGGGCAAAGGUACUUCCCAGAAAAAGCAAUUAUUUGGUGCAAACGAUGAAAAUACUUCUCAUAAGGCAGUACGAUUAAGUGGAGAUGCUCUGGGUGCAUUGCUGGAACAAAAGCUGAGGGAACUGACAUUUCAAGAGGGGGAUGGGCUGUCUAUUUCAGAAAAAUCUACUGCUUCAAUCCUUGAAGAGCUGAUAUCUGCCUUAACUGCAGAAAGGACAGUUUCUCAUGAUGAAGAAAACUCUGUGGGUGGGUUUCACCAGAACAGUUUGUGCAACAUAAAUUCUGAUCUCUCUGAUCAUGUAUCUUCACAUGGUGAGAUGCUCAAUUCAAAAAGAAAUUUCCAGACAGAAGCAAAGGCAGUUACAGUUUCAGUUGGCUUGCCUCUUUCUGGGGAUGGGGAACAUCCCAGCCCUUUGUCAGUUCUUGAAGCUUCUUUCUCUACUGAUACUUGUCUCUCUGACAGUCUUGAUGGUGGCUCAGGAUGCAAGAUGCAGCCAGAGCCCAUGGAUUGCUUCUAUGACCUACAUCAGACAUCAGGUGCUGAUGCUGAUCUUUUGGAUUCUGCAACCUCUUUCAGCCAAGGGAGUGUUGGAAGGGAGGUGGUGACAAAUUCCUUCUGCUCCAUUUCCAAGUUAUUAGACAGUAUAGGCCUUGCUGAAAUUGGACUAGAUGGAGACAAACUCAACCAUGCCAGGGAGGUUUUACUGAAUGCUGAAUUGUUGUUUGGAAAUGCUUCUCCAAGUGUUGGUAAGGAAGACUUCGUUCUAGGCCCAAUUUUCCUUUCGGAGUUGGAGAUUCUUUUUGAUGCACUGUCUAGAAGUUCCGACUGCAGACUGGGUUUCAUGCAAGCCAAAGAGGGUAACCAACUGAGGAAGUUCCUUUUCGACUGUAUGAUAGAGUGUCUGGACUUGAAAUAUGGCCAUUGCUGUAAAAUGGGGUUCAAAAGUUGGAAAAAUUUGCGAUCAGGGAUGAGGAGAGAGAGUUUAGGGAGGAAGGUUAACGAGGAGAUUAGAAUAUGGACAGAUUUAGCUGGAAGGAACACGGAUGAGAUAAUAGAUAGGGAAAUGAGUGAUUCCUCGGGGAAAUGGAUGCAUUUUGAGGUUGAAGCAUUUGAGACUGGGGCUGAAAUAGAGCAAUACAUACUUAAACUCCUAAUCAAUGAAAUGGUUAUUGACCUCUUGCCACACAGAGGGAGUUCCAUUUGAAUCUCAUCUAUGGAGACAAUCAUAUUGACUAUGUAUGAGUUACAGGGCAGAUGACUGACCUUUGCAAUACGGGAGUGGGGGGUGGGGAAUUUCUUCUGAUUCUCAGCGACAGGGACAGCUAUUUUGACUUGUAGAAGCUACA